GUCGCGACUCCGGCCCAUUUCAUUCCAUUUCAUUCCACUCUACAUUUUCACCCUGCAAGUCUCCUGUUUCAGCUCUCUUCCCUUCACUCCAUCGGCUCGUCUGUACAGCAUCCCGUGUAGCGUGUAUCCACCUCGUCGCCACCUCAAUCCUCAUUCCCCAAUCCCGUCCGCUUCUCUCCCCGUCCCUUACCUCGCCCAGGAGGGGAGCCUCCCGCUUACAAACCCUAGCCUCUACUCCUCUGAGCUUCCACCGCUCCGCUCCCCAUGGAGGACGAGGACACCGGCCCCGGCGAUGGGGGCGAGGCCUCUCCUCCGCACCACGUCGCGGCGUCGAGCGACCGGGCGCGCGACAUGGUGGCGUCCCCGACCAGCUCGCGCUCUGUGACGCAGACGGUGAACGGGUCCCACCACUUCGUGAUCCAGGGCUACUCGCUCGCUAAGGGCAUGGGCGUGGGGAAGCACAUCGCCAGCGAGACAUUCACCGUGGGCGGUUACCAGUGGGCGAUCUACUUCUACCCCGACGGGAAGAACCCCGAGGACAACUCCACCUACGUCUCCGUCUUCAUCGCGCUCGCGUCCGACGGCACCGACGUGCGCGCGCUCUUCGAGCUCACGCUCCUCGACCAGAGCGGAAAGGGCAAGCAUAAGGUGCACUCGCACUUCGACCGCUCCCUAGAGUCCGGGCCGUACACCCUCAAGUACCGCGGAUCCAUGUGGGGCUACAAAAGGUUCUUUCGGCGUACUGCUCUUGAGCAAUCAGAUUUUCUUAAAGAUGAUUGCUUGAAGAUAAACUGUACUGUGGGUGUUGUAGUAUCAACUAUGGAUUAUUCUAGGCCACAUUCAAUAGAGGUUCCAGAGUCUGACAUAGGCUUUCAUUUUGGAACGCUUUUGGACACUCAGGAAGGUGUAGAUGUUAUUUUUAGUGUAGCAGGAGAGAAGUUUCAUGCCCAUAAGUUGGUAUUGGCUGCCCGAUCUCCCUUUUUUAGAUCUGAAUUUUUCGAUCAUGAAUUGGGUGAAGAGAAGAACGGAACUGAUACGGGGGAUGAAAUCAAAGAGAUCGUUAUUGAUGACAUGGAUCCUGUAGUGUUCAAGGCUGUGCUUCAUUUUAUCUACAGGGACAAUCUUGUUAAUGAUGACGAGUUGUCUGCAUCAAGCUCUGACUGCUCUAUCUUUGAUCGUUUGUCCGGGAAGUUAAUGGCUGCAGCAGACAAAUAUGAGUUGCCAAGGUUAAGAUUGUUGUGUGAAUCUUACUUGUGCAAGCAUAUUUCUGUAAAUUCCGUGGCAACUACUCUAGCAUUGGCUGAUCGGCACCAUGCUAUGGAGCUUAAAUCCGUUUGCCUCAAAUUUGCUGCCGAAAACCUGUCAGAUGCCCUUAUGUAUCUGCAGCUGUGAUCCGGACUGAGGGUUUCGACUAUCUCAAAGACAACUGCCCAUCUCUGCAGUCAGAGAUACUGCGGACAGUUGCCGGGUGUGAGGAGCCAUGUAGCAGCGGCUUGAAAAGCCAGAGCGUGUGGGCGCAGCUCUCUGACGGCGGCGACACCAGCGGGCGCAGGGUGAGGCCAAGGGUCUGAGACGCAAACCCCGGAAGCACUGACCUUUGUAAUCAAAAGCUGUUGUGGUGUAAAUGGGACGGCUUUUCUUAAUUUUCACUUGAGACAACGAUUUAAAUAACAUGAUUGACGUGUUUGUGGUGCUCGCAGUCAUUAUUUGGUUCUGAAUUCUGAGUCUGCCGCACAUUAA